UAUAGUUGGUAACAUUCGAGGUUUAAUCAUUCACGUGAAUCGACACGGAUUUUAGUAUCAUUUCGGGUGUUAUGUGCGGCAUAUGUUCGAUUUGAGCUUAUUCUGUCUUAGUUUAAAGGAUCUGUGAAAUACCCAACCUAUAAAAGCUAUUCAAUCAUCACAAACUUCUCAGAGAUCACUACUUUACUGACAAAUAUAUUUAAUAUAUGUACGUCAGAAACGUUUGAAAGAAACCAGUUAUCCGGUCUAAAAAAAAGUGUUCAUUUAAUAUUUUGAUACGAAACAUCGUCAUUGUUUUAUUAAUUUAAAAAUAAAUUUAUCGCAACUUCAACAAUGAACUCAACAAAAAAUAAGAAUGGUAACACAACCAGCGAAGACGGAACUCUUUCUCGCAUUAUUAAAUCCUUAAAAUCCGUUGAAAUGGUUUGUGAAGGAACGCAUUUUGAUGGUGAUAUUCCACACACAUUUAUUAUAUUUGGUGCUUCAGGUGAUUUAGCAAAGAAAAAAAUCUAUCCAACUCUAUGGUGGCUUUUUAGAGACAACUUACUGCCAAAUUCUACCAAAUUUUGCGGCUAUUCCCGAUCUCGUCUAACAGUUAAGGACCUACGUGAAAAAUGUGAACCUUAUAUGAAUGUACAAAAACACGAAGCACAAAGAUAUGAAGAAUUUUGGUCGUUAAAUGAAUAUGUUGCAGGAAGCUAUGAUGGAAGAACUGGUUAUGAAUUUUUAACCAAAACAAUGGAAGAUAUGGAAAGUAAAUCGAAAGCCAAUCGAAUAUUUUAUCUAGCUCUGCCACCAUCUGUGUUUGCAAAUGUAACAGUCAACAUCAAGGACAUCUGUAUGUCUAGAAAUGGCUGGAACCGUGUCAUCAUUGAAAAACCAUUCGGCCGAGAUGCCGAAAGCUCAAAAAUAUUAUCAGAUCAUUUGGCAUCACUUUUUGAGGAAGACCAAAUCUAUCGUAUUGAUCAUUAUUUGGGAAAGGAAAUGGUUCAGAAUCUCAUGACAAUUCGCUUUGCCAACAAAAUUCUAAGUUCAACUUGGAAUCGAGAGAAUAUAGCUUCAGUGUUGAUCACAUUCAAAGAGCCAUUUGGAACCCAAGGACGUGGUGGAUAUUUUGAUGAAUUUGGCAUUAUUCGUGAUGUUAUGCAAAAUCAUCUGCUACAAAUCUUAACACUUGUUGCUAUGGAAAAACCAGUUUCAUGUCAUCCAGAUGAUAUUCGUGAUGAAAAAGUUAAAGUUCUAAAAAAUAUUCGUGCCUUGACUCUGGAUGACAUGGUAUUGGGUCAAUAUGUCGGUAAUCCAGAGGGUGUAGGCGAGGCAAAACUUGGCUACCUCGAUGACGCAACUGUUUCCAAUGAUUCCACAACUCCAACAUAUGCUCUUGCUGCGUUGGAGAUCAAGAACGAACGCUGGGAGGGAGUACCUUUUAUCCUGCGGUGCGGGAAAGCGCUCAAUGAACGAAAAGCGGAAGUUCGUAUUCAAUAUCAGGAUGUGUCUGGUGACAUAUUCGAAGGUAAUUCAAAACGCAACGAAUUAGUUAUACGUGUGCAACCUGGUGAAGCACUGUACUUCAAAAUGAUGACCAAAUCACCUGGCAUCACUUUCGAUAUUGAAGAAACCGAAAUGGACUUGACAUAUGAACAUCGUUACAAGGAUUCAUAUCUGCCAGACGCUUACGAAAGACUUAUAUUGGAUGUGUUCUGUGGUUCAUUAAUGCAUUUCGUUCGGUCAGAUGAACUUUACGAGGCAUGGAGAAUAUUCACACCGAUUCUUCAUCGCAUCGAAAAAGAACACAUCAAACCAAUUCCGUAUGUUUAUGGAUCUCGUGGACCCAAGGAAGCUGAUAAGAAAUGUGAACAAAGUAAUUUUAAAUACUACGGUUCGUAUAAGUGGAAAAAUCAUGAAAAGUGAUUCGCCGAUGGGGAUUACACAUGGUCCUUGUGUAUAGAUAUGUAUACUUAUUGUUUGUUAUAAGUUAGUUGAGAUAUUUUGGUGAAGAGAAAAUUAUUUACCAACAAAAAUUUUUUUAUACAUAAAUAAAAGAUUUAUUAUUUUGAAUUAUAAAGUACUUAAAGCUUAA